UACUCGGAGGAGUUGCUAGUAAACCCCUCAGUGCAGUUGGAGGAGCUGGUUUACUCGGAGGAGUUGCUAGUAAACCCCUCAGUGCAGUUGGAGGAGCUGGUUUACUCGGAGGAGUUGCUAGUAAACCCCUCAGUGCAGUUGGAGGAGCUGGUUUACUCGGAGGAGUUGCUAGUAAGCCCCUCAGUGCAGCUGGAAGAGCUGCUCAUGAGCCCCUUAAUGCACUCAGUAGUGCUAAGCAUGAGACUCUACGUGGCAUUUUACCACAUAAUCCCCUUGCCAAUUUACCCCAAGCUCCUUUCAAAAGUAUGGGUGAACGUAGUGCUUACCUGGACAGAAUGCGAAGCAAUAGACUCCCAUUAAGCCACUCAGAUGUCCCAGACCUCGUAAAAACUGGAUCAUCCUUGGGUUCCCUGGCCCUGAAAGGAGAGAAGAAUAAUCUAAAAGGAACAGUUGAUAGCUCUCUGCCACAAGCCACCAAGCUCAGUGAGGUGGCCGAGGAAGGCACCAAGAAGGUCAAAGACCUCAGCAAGGACGAGGGCAGUACGGCUAUGUCUGCACUCAACAGUCUGACUGGCGUGGUGGACUUAAAGAAAUUAACAGCAUUAAAGGUCGAAAAGGUGGAAAUGAAAUCAGUAAUGACAACUGUGAAUGAGGAAGGAGUCCUCGUCUCCAGGGGCUUAGCUAUGGCGACCCUGCGUGGAGAUGGUCUUACAGGAGUUGUUUGGGACACAGUAGGAUUUGAAGUGUCCAUGGAGAUGAUUAUUCACUCUGCCCUCGACAAAAACAACAGUGAAUGUGUUGGACUCAAAGUGCUGCACGAAGAAACUAAUAUCACCGAAGUGAACAUGACGCUCCUGCAGACGGUCACCGAUGUCAUACCUGUUUCUUUGGACUUGAAUAGCAAAGUUAAAAUGCUGCUGACGGCAGAUAUGAACAAAAAAAAAGAAGAAGGACUAGCAUGUAGCUGUAAUUUCACUGAUUUCAAUGAAUGCCAUAACUCUACUGGUAUGUUCCACUAUGAAGUUAACCAUAUGCAGUGCAGUGCAGACGGUUGGUCAAUUUCCUACUGUGCUAAAGGCACAUUUAAUGGCAAGAUUAUGCCCAUUCCUGGAUGUAGCGAUCUCUCAGAUGACAAAACUGCCAACCACUCUUUAACGAUAUGCAAUACAGUCUUCAAAAAUAUACUCAACGCCUGUGCCAAGCAGUCCUCCACCACAGUGGGGAGCCUACGGGUAAAGGUCUUUGAAAUGCAGUACACCUAUAUGCCAAAAGAUCGAGUAAAAGUGGCCUAUAAUGUUAACAUUUAUGACGCUGGAGAGAUAAUGACUGGAAGGACGGAAAUAUCCCUGUGGCAUGUAUUCAUGCUUUUAAAAGAUAAAAUAACUCCAGAUAUAAAGAUCAUAAGCACUAAGCAUCUUGUAGAGGCUGAUAAAGUGGGCAAGGUGAAGAAUGUGAUGAUUUCAGUGAAGAGUAAAAUGGCACAAUGCAUUAUCGACUAUGUGAACCAAUGGGAUGUCCCAACAAUCUCCAAACUUUUUAUCCUCAGUGCCAAGUUUACAAAUAUAGAAAAGGACAAUCUUCAGGCAGCAGAUUGAACCCAGCACACCUGAAGCCAAAGGACUUUCCAGAAUGAAAGCACUCUGAAACUUCUCCAAGAGAUAAUUAGCUAACGGCAUCCUUAUGAUUAAGGAGACAAGUAGAAUAGUUAAGGUGUCAACUUGUCUUUGGGAUUUUGCCAACGUUACCUUGAAUUAACAAGUGCAAGAAAGGCAAACCU